AGGCAACUGGUUAGCCUGACGCGUUGAUGCGGAAUCGCGCGAUUUCUCAACGGAUGGAGAAAGACGUGACGAAAUAGGGCAGGACGAGGCACUUCGACGAUCUUGGCAUGCUGUGUAUGGUAUCUGCUCCUGUCGUCGAUCAAUUCUUCAGUCUCGAGUGCGAGAUACGAGCGAGGGAGGGCGGAGUUUCCAUUGGACAAGUCUCGGCAACGGGCAAGUCGCUACAGGAGAAUCUAGGCGCGGCAGGCCUGCGAGCGUCUGGCUCUGGAACUGGAGGCGACGAGGCGCAGGCGAGCAAAACCGACCACUAUUGGCGCGGUGGGCAUCCCUUGGAGCGCGCCGGACGAGAACGAGCGGCAACGCCUCGCAAAUUUGCUCGUCGUGACUUCGAAGUCGGAAUUGCGAUUUUGCGUUCUUGUUGCUCAGUCGCGCCAGAGUGUGAGAAAUCACAACUGGCAGCAGCGAGCACGAGUCGCCAAGAUUUGGAGGCGUCUUUGAUGUUUUCUCCCGGUCACGACUCCCCCAGAACGCCUGGUCAGAGAACGUCUGGAUACUUUGAAGUCUUUUGCAUCGGUCUGUUGUGACCUCAGAGUGCUGUACCGCUUAAGAAUUGCGCUCGCAAGGAGGCAGGUUCGGACGCUCAUGCAGCUGAGAGCGUGGGGAACAUGACACCCGCGGGGGGUGUUUGCGACAAAAACUUCAAUUUUGAAAAUAUUUUAUCGUCAGUGCUGGAGAUUCUUUCUGCGGGAAACUGACACUCACAUGAACGAGUUGGCCGAGGAGUUGACAGAAAGAUGUCGGCGUUGACCUUGGAUCGUUGUGAAAUCUUAAUUUGACGUUCAUCAAGCUCGAAGUGACAGGAUGAGAGUACUCGGCAGUUGGAGUCGAAUUUUGCGUGAUUGCAGACUUCGCCAUCCUUGCCGAGCUUUUGUUGAUUGACGAUUACUUUCUCCUUGGUACUUCAAACCUGGCUAGAACAAUUGUCUAGCUUAAGGGCUCGCCUACACAGCAGGUGUCUCAGUCAGAUCGUCAUUACAUCUCGUGGAUGAUAAUUAGUAGGAGCUUAGGCAGGCGAAGAUAUUUCAGUCGAACCUCUGCUGAUGCCGUGAGUUACUACGGCUUGGCAACAAGUCAUGCCGAUUGCCCUUCGAAGCUGCUGCAAGUCUUGCUUUGAUUGGUUUUCUUCGGUGUAACUGGAGCAAGGAACGUAUAGACCACUUUCGUCCCGUUUUGUGCUGGAAGAACUCAACGGGAGACGAGGGUGCCCACGGGGGUUGGAUUUGAUACUAGGACAGCGGAUAACGCAGACGAUUUGGAAUCCGAAAUUAUCACAGUGAGUUGAUGGAGCCUAUAUCUCGUGUACCUGAUUCGGACGUUAACGACUCAAUCGAUGGAACUGAGGAGUCCAUAAAAAUUUUGCAUGCCAUUCCCGAGAGCUCUCCAGCAAAUCCUCCUCAACCUAAAGUACCACAACGAGCAAGGGAUUGGAAUCUGCGCGAACUGAAAGUCCUAAUAGCUGCGAAAAGAAACGAACAUGAACAAUCACUUCUUGAGCAAGGUGGCAGUGAGCAAGCUAAGUUGACUUCCAGGAAGAAUAAGUGGGAGAAAAUAGCUCAAUAUGUCGUAAAAGAGGGCGUAUGCAAUCCAGUCAGAGACGGCGAGGCUUGCAAGAAAAAAUGGGCUACUGUUUCCAAGGAUUUUAAACGCGUCUAUGAUCAUGAAAAACAUGUCCCAGCUGGCCAGAGGUCAUACUGGAACAUGAAUACAAGUGAGCGCAGAAAACGGUCUAGGCCGUUGAAUUUCCCCGAAGAAUUAUAUAGGGAGAUGGAGGAGUGGCUUCCGAAGAGAAUGGAGGAAUGGCCUGCAAAGCGAUUGGAAGGCACUUCACAAGCACCAGGACCUCAACGGAAUGGAGGUGAAAGUAGCAAGCCCUUGACGCUGGAGGCACUGAAGACAGAUACUCUGUUCAGACCAAUACUGCCGAAAGGUCCCGCCAAUGUGUUCUCUCCGCUACUCAAUGCAAUCACUCCUGUUGAUCGUGCAGCGGCCAACACACCAACGCCUGAUGCGGGUUUGGAUGAGUCUAUAUCUACCCUGCCAAACACCUCUCCCACCAAGAAGAACAUCGUACGUGACGACAGGCUUAAGAACAAGCGGAAACGCACUUGCAAUGGUGCGACGAGAGCGAUGUCUGAAGCUGUUGUGAAGCUUGUGGAGGUUUUGAAGGAUGACAUUGUUCGAAAGAACAAACAUGAUGAAAAAGCUAUGGAGUGGGAGAAGCAACACAAAACUGAACAUCUCGCUCUGCUCAGAGAUCAGAUGGAGAGUCGGGCAAAAGUUGAGAUGGUGCAAGCUCAGUCUUUCAACAUCUUAGCCCAAGCUUUAGCCAAGCUUGUCGAGAAGGAUAACAGCAAUCCCAAUAAUCCCAAUAAGUAGUCUGUAAGAUAUGCAGUAUCUUCUUACUAAAAGUGCAACUUUCUGUGUAUAGCAGUUCACAAUUCUUUUUGUACAACUUCUGGGCCAGUAUGGAAUAGAAAGAUAGUUAGUCAGUCCAUGUUUCAGCUGCGUUUUGUUUACGCCCAUGAGAUUGCCCUUUCCACGUUUUUGUUCAAACUUUUUCAAGAUGAUGUGAAGGACUGUCACUCUACCUUAGCAAGGCCUCGCAACUUUUUAGAACAGAAGCAGGCUGUGUUGUGUUGUUUAAGGACCAAAGUGGAACGUAGGGAGGAAGUUCACAUAGAGGACGGGUGUUAGUCCUUGAGCUUUUAAGCUUUACCAAGUGAGGGGUAACUAGAUAAUGUUUGACACUGUUUGAUGAGAAGGAUAACUUGGAAGCUUAUUUGAUGCAUAGCGUUCUUGUUUUUGUUUGAAACCC